AUGCUGAUGGAUUCAGCCAGAGAACCCACUAAGUUAAUUGGGCAGUGUGAAUCAUUGGAUGAUGCCAUUCCAAAACCAUCCCGCCGUAGAUUCCGUCAUGUGCUUUGGAAACAACUUCGAGGAGCGGCUUCGAACACAUCGCAUCUGCUUUCAGUCUACAGGUCAGGAGGAAGGAGCCAAUCUCCAAACAUCAAUGAAGGACUGUACUUGAAAAGAAUGAGACGGCAGCACAGAAAAGGACACGUCAACAUUUCCAUCUUUGUUAUCGAAGCUCACAGAAAUGAGUGA